GUUGUGACAACACAUUAAAUUCGCCAAUGAAUGCAAAAUUUGACUACACAUCCUCUUCAAGUAGUUUCGCCGCCGCUGUCCGAAAAAAAGAAGAAGAGAGUUGUUUCGCUGUACCUUCCUUCGUCCUUCCCUUUAAACAAAAACAAUGGGUCAAGUUUUAGGAUGUGUGCAAGUUGAUCAGUCGACUGUAGCAAUCAAAGAGACUUUUGGGAAGUUCGACAAUGUUCUCCAGCCAGGUUGUCACUGUAUGCCAUGGUGCUUAGGUAGUCAAGUCGCUGGUCACCUUUCGUUGCGUGUUCAGCAGCUCGAUGUUCGCUGCGAGACCAAAACCAAGGAUAAUGUGUUUGUAACCGUUGUUGCAUCCAUACAAUACCGUGCCUUAGCUGAAAGUGCUCAAGAUGCUUUUUACAAGCUCAGCAACACCAGGAACCAGAUUCAGGCUUAUGUGUUUGAUGUGAUCCGAGCAAGUGUUCCUAAGCUGGACCUAGACUCAACCUUUGAGCAGAAGAAUGACAUUGCCAAAACCGUUGAGAGUGAGCUUGAAAAGGCUAUGUCUCAUUACGGGUAUGAGAUAGUCCAGACGCUUAUUGUGGACAUUGAGCCAGAUGUGCAUGUAAAGAAGGCAAUGAAUGAGAUCAAUGCCGCUUCGAGAAUGAGAGAGGCAGCGAGUGAGAAAGCUGAAGCAGAGAAGAUACUGCAGAUCAAGAGAGCCGAGGGAGAAGCUGAAUCGAAAUACCUUUCAGGUCUUGGUAUAGCACGUCAGAGACAAGCCAUUGUGGAUGGUCUGAGAAACAGCGUGCUUGCAUUCUCUGAGUCUGUUCCAGGGACUUCUUCCAAAGACGUCAUGGACAUGGUUCUGAUCACUCAGUACUUUGACACACUUAAGGAUAUUGGGGCGUCUUCCAAGUCAAACUCCGUGUUCAUACCGCACGGUCCAGGCGCUGUUAAGGACAUUGCUUCACAGAUCAGGGAUGGUUUACUUCAGGGGAAAGCUGCUGAGUAAGAAGAUGUCAAAGUACAAAACUUUCUUCAGGGUUUUAGCUGUUUGUGUUUCUACUUCGUUUUUGUCUUUCGUUUUCUGUUUUGUGAAGUGUCUUAUUAGUCUGGCGUUUUACUUGAAUCUCUCUCAAUAAAGCUAUCUUCUUCAGUA